GAUCAUCAGAAGGUACAAUCAAUCAGUCAAGCAAUCCGGCGUUACAGCUGGCUCGUCGUCUACGGCGCCGGCGUAAACUGCAGUUUAUAAUCAUCUCCUCAUCUCAUCUCCUGCGAUAGAUUGAGUUGAGCCUGAUCCCGUCUCUACUUUCUCCUCUCCAGCCUCUCGAAAGCUAGGUCGAUCUUCAGUUAUCUCUCUCCAGAGAGGAGAUAUUGGUAAAACGGACAAGUUACAAAUUCAGCUAUGAAUCCAACUAAUGUAGCAUACCAAUUGUUAGAAGAAAUUACAGAUGGAUUCUCUGAGGAGCGAAAGCUUGGUGAAGGUGGAUAUGGAACAGUUUACAAGGGAAAGCAUAAAAAUGGAGAUAAAAUUGCAGUAAAGAUUCUUCAUGAUACGCAAGAUUUUGACGACAAGAAAUUACAAAAUGAGUUUGGGAACCUUAUGAUGGUCAACCAUCCAAACAUUGUACAGUUAGUUGGAUACUGCUAUGAAAUAAAACAUACACAUGGACAAGUCAAAGGAAGACCAGUUUUGGUUGCAACAAUACAUAGAGCACUCUGCUUCGAGUAUAUGCCUCGGGGGAGCCUUGAAAACUAUCUUUCUGAUAAAGUUGAUGGUCUUGAUUGGCCUAUACGGUACAAAAUUAUUAAAGGGACAUGUGAGGGUUUAAAACAUCUUCAUGUGGAAAUGAAGCCACCUAUUUACCAUUUGGACCUAAAGCCUGCCAAUAUUUUGCUAGACAACAACAUGGUGCCGAAAAUUGCAGAUUUUGGUUUGUCCAGGUUCAUCACUAAAGACAAAACCAUGACUACAAAAACUCUUGUUGGGACAAUCCCAUACCUGCCACGAGAAUACAUAGAGAGGAAAGAAAUAUCAAACAAGUUAGACAUAUUCAGCUUGGGCGUUGUAAUGCUAGAGAUAAUUGCUGGACCUGGACCUACAGGACACUUCAGAAGCACCGAAAUUCCUUCUCAAGAAUUUACCGAUCAAGUACUAGGGAAUUGGAAAACUAGGUUAGAGACAGGAAGGAAUGGUUCCCUACUGGAAGCAUAUUGCCAGCAAGUGAAGACAUGCACCGAGAUAGCGCUGAAAUGCAUGGAGACUGAUAGGGAAAAUAGGCCUAAUAUAGUGGAAAUCAUCAAUCAAAUUAACGAGAAAGAAGCUAUCAUUGGUGAGCUGCCGAUAGACCAUGCCUUGGAGAAGCUACCCUCACACAACAACGAGUCUGUCACUCUUGAGAGCAAAUUGCCAAGCCAUUUGAACUUAAAUGAGACCAAAGAAAAUCAUGAAGCCGAUCACCAUAACAGUUCUUGUUCCAAAGAGAAAGAGGAGGACCGAGAGGAAGAUCAGAUCAUCCCAAUGGAACAUCCUGAUUUUCCAAUAGAUGUGCAUCCAUCGGAACCAUGGAUCUUGACGAGCAAUAUGUUUGGCUCAGUUGACAUCUUGAACUAUAAUACGCUUGAAACAAGGAACCUGAUUCAAGGCUCAUAUGGACCAAUAGUUACUGCAGCCAAGUUCAUCGCGCGAAAGCAAUGGUUCGUGGUUGGACAUCACGAUGGUUUCAUAAGAGUUUACACAUAUGAGUCCCCAGUAAAGCAAGUGAAGAGAUUCAAAGCUCAUGCUUGGAGUUGGACCAUCACAACUUUGGAUGUCCAUCCAACUGAGCCUUACCUACUGUCAGUAGGCUCACAAGACCAGAUCAAGCUGUGGGACUGGAACAAGGACUGGGAGUGUAUCAGGACAUUUGACCCCCAUGGCGUAGCAUAUCAAAUCAAAUUUAACCCAAAAGAUACACAUAAAUUUGCUGUUGCAAGCUUGAUGGAUGCUCAGGUUUGGAAUAUACGUUCUUCGCGUCAUGAAUUCACACUGUCUGGGCAUGUAUCUAUAGUGGAUUGUUUUGAUUUCUUUACUCGAGGCAAUCAGCUGUACAUGAUAACUGGUUCAUGGGACAAAACGGCCAAGAUCUGGGACUGUCAGAGAAGGACUUGUGUUCAAACACUUGAAGGACAUACGGAUUGUAUCACCUGUGUUUGUUCCCAUCCAGAUCUGCCAAUCCUACUCACAGGUUCAAAUGAUGAGACAGUUCGUCUGUGGAAUGCCACUACCUUCAAGCUGGAAGGUGUACUGGACUUUGAGCUCGGCAAAGUUACUGCUAUAGUUUGCUUAAAGGGUUCAAAACGAGUUGCGAUUGGACAUGAUGCUGGAUUAGUGAUUACUGAAAUUCGUCAUGGAAAGCCUGCUCCCAGCAACAGAUAAGGAUAUUCAAACUGUUGGUGUCAAGUAGGCAAACUGGAGUGGAGACAGAUAAUGGUAGUGCGCUUAAUUAGCUCAUUCAGAACACCGGUUGAACAAUGUUUUGACACUUAGAUAACCAAGAUCUGAAAUUCGGAGGUAACAUGGGAAAAAAAAAUUUGUAAUCUGAUGUAGUGGAUAUUACCUACAUUAAGCAUACAAAGUUUGUUUUUUUUUCUCAUCCCUUUUGCAGUCCAGUGUUUUUGUUAUGAAUUAACAGUCCCAGUGUAUUCUGAAAAUAUUUCUGUCCAGAAAAAGUAAAAUAGAGUUUAUAGUUCCAAAACUUAUAUAAUCA